CAGCAGCAGCAGCAGCAGCAGCAGCAGCAGCAGCAGCAGCAGCAGCAGCAGCAGCAGCAGCAGCAGCAGCAGCAGCAGCAGCAGCAGCAGCAGCAGCAGCAGCAGCAGCAGCAGCAGCAGCAGCAGCAGCAGCAGCAGCAGCAGCAGCAGCAGCAGCAGCAGCAGCAGCAGCAGCAGCAGCAGCAGCAGCAGCAGCAGCAGCAGCAGCAGCAGCAGCAGCAGCAGCAGCAGCAGCAGCAGCAGCAGCAGCAGCAGCAGCAGCAGCAGCAGCAGCAGCAGCAGCAGCAGCAGCAGCAGCAGCAGCAGCAGCAGCAGCAGCAGCAGCAGCAGCAGCAGCAGCAGCAGCAGCAGCAGCAGCAGCAGCAACAGCCGCAGCAGCAACAGCAACGGUCGCAGCAGCAGCAACAACAGCUACAACCGCCCCAGCACCCACAAGGUCAACGAAACCAGCAACAACAGCGACAACAUCAACAUCAAGCGCAGCAGCAUCAACAACAACCGCUCUCAGAGGUUGUGACGAUGGAAACGGCAGAGCAUGGUGAGCUGUUUCAACAUCAUGACAUGAGACAACAGUCCAUCGUCUCCACCAGUGGGCCUCAUCCAGCUCCAAGAAAGAUCCACCGUCAACCAGCACAGGACAAACUGAAUGAUCUUCGAUCUCGACUUGAUGCUGAGGGCGAAGAAGAAGUAAAAUCGCAAUUCAGCGAUAUUGUCCGCCUGUGGGUGGAAUUUAAGCGCAUCUCGAAGAUGUGCCCACCAGAUCAAAUUCUUAUGAAAAUGGUCGAAUUCAUCACGAGCCAUCUUUAAGAUGAUCAAGUGCGCAACAUGGAAUGCUUGCUCUGUCCUACCUAAACGAUUAGAGCUAAUAGACUUCCUCCGAAAUGAGGCUGUCGACUUGCUUGCGCUGACAGAAACGCAUCUGAAACCAGAAAAAUCCUUCUUUCUGCCAGAGCAUACAGUAGUACGCCUUGACCGCCUGGAUCAAACUAAAGGAGGAGUGUUGAUUGCUAUCCGUCGAUCUUUAGCAUUCAAAACACUCUCCC